AUGACCUGGACUGUCCUCGGUGCGAAGUGCGAAGCCGAAAGUCCGGAACUGCUCCACACCAGCCUCCGCAGAGCCAUGGGCUGUCAUUCGAGUAAGAAGCCUGGUCGGAGCAGCUCCAGGACCCCUCCACCUGGCUCUACUACUCCCUCCGAGACCAUUCAGCUGGGAAACAGGUUUGAGGUGCUGGGAAAGCUUGACAAAAAUCCACCCAACCGCCUGGAGCCUCCCGCCAGCCCAGUCCGUCCACCACUGAGGCUCCUCCCAUCGGGUCCAGCAAGAGCCUCCCGCCACUCAGGAGCAGCGGCACACCGCAAGACAGGAGCCUCAUACCGCACUGGAGCAGCGGUACAUUGCGCACCGCUACAGCUCACCUCAUCUAGGGGAAGGAGCCCCCCGCAACUAGGUAAGCCACAGCAUCAGCAGCUGACAACUCUGGUGAUAGGAGAUUCUAUUAUCCGUCAUGUCAGAUCCCGCUCGGCACUGACAUGCUGUUUCCCCGGCGCCACAGUCCGCGACAUUACCACCGCAGCCACCGAGCUCAUUUCAAACAGUCCAGGAAUCACAACAGUAAUAAUCCAAGCAGGUACAAAUGACAUCCAUAAACAGCAGUCUGAGCUCCUCAAACACGAUUUUGUCCACUUAAUCACUACACUCCAGAGAGCAGUAAAUCAGGUCCACAUAUCAGGCCCCAUCCCCUCCGUUAGUCGCGGCUGUGGGUGUUUCAGUCGGCUGCUGGCGCUGCACACCUGGCUCUCAUCAACCUGUGCUGCAGACAGUGUGAACUACUAUAUAGACAAUUUUAACAUCAUUUGGAACAGGAGAGAACUCUUUAGGGGCGAUGGAGUCCAUCCCAACUGGCAGGGGGCAAAAAUGCUUGCAGGAAACCUUUUCCACAGCGUCUACCACCCACAUGUAUCUCACCUCAAUGAACAAUCAACGUCACCUUCGUCAACCACCUCCAAUCAGUCCCUCUACUAUUGA